AUGAAACAGUUAAACUAUAUCGAUGAGUUUGAAGAAUGGUAUGAUCCAAUGAAUGCAAUCUUUUGGUAUACACGUGAUACAUUUCUUUUUCGCCUUUUAAACAAGGCAUUACGAGAACAGGACGUCAAUACGCUCUAUUCAUUACGGUACUUUAUUAAAGAUCUUCAUUUACAGUUAAAGCAGUUACACGCUUCACAGCAACAGACGUCAACAACACUAGUAACCGCUUAUCGAGGACAGUUGAUGAAUAAUGAAGAGUUCGAUAAGAAGAUACGUCGAAAUAAAGGUGGAUUUCUCUCUGUAAAAACAUUUUUGUCAACAACACUCGAUAGAAAUCUGACUAACUUCUUUGCCGGGGACGGCAGUAAAGAAGAUGAAGCACAAAGUGUUCUAUUUCAAAUUGAUAUUGACAAGAACGUGAUCAAAUUUCCAUUUGCAGAUGUUUCAGAAGAAAGUCAAUUUGGUAAGGAUGAAAGAGAAGUUUUAUUUACAAUGGGAUGUGUAUUUCUUAUUGAAUCUGCGAAAGAGAUGACUAGUGGCUUUUGGAUUGUGCAGCUAAAGCUAACUAGUGAAGAAGAUGAACAGCUUCAAAAAUUAACUCUAUAUAUGAAAGAUUAUAUCAUUAAAGCAACACCGCUAUAUACUCUUGGAUCACUACUGACAGAAAUGGGCCAGUACUAUAAUGCUGAACAUUUCUAUCUACAAGUGUUAGAAGAACAGCAAGAGCUAUUUAACUGUAACAAAACCAACCACGUUCCCGCUGUUUAUAAUGAUCUUGGCUUAAUUCAUAUUUUAAUGGAUCAUACUAAUAUCGCUACAGACUAUUAUGAAAAAUCACUUGAAGCCCAUUCAAAGAAUGGACAGACAGAUGAAAUUG